UGAAAGCUCUGCACAUGCCGGCUGGUCUACCUCUGAAAACCUGGACUCUCCUUUGUUUUUGCGUUUGGUUUGGCCCAGAAACUGCAUCCACCUGGGACGUGACUGGCAAAAGGAAACCCACAAUUCCCAACCAAGCGACAUCCCGCUCCCAAGUUUCCAGUUUCCAGCUGCAGCGCUUUGUGCCCAUCUGAGGUUCAGUGACGCCCCACUUGCCGAUCGACCAAGUCGCGUGAGCUGCCUAUAAAAAGUACUCAACAUGGGUAUCGAGAAAAUUCUACCAUGCACCCUCCGGCUGAACAAGCUGAUGAGCUUGGCGGGCAGCGACUGCCUGUGCAUCAUCGACCGCGAGGCAGUUCCCAACGAGCUGAAGGCCAUCUUCGAUGAGCACCGCAGCUACGACAAGUCCUUCGACAGCAGUGUGUCCUGCUUCAAGGCUCCCAACGUGGACCAACCUGUGGUCUAUGCCCCCGUCUCCGAACUCACCGACUACGACGAUGUGAGGAGCUACCAGGCGGCGGCCAAGAAGUCCAUGGAGAAGGUGCUCAAGGCUGGCUUCCGCACUCCUUUGCUGUUUGUGCCUAAGGUUCAGCGUUUCCCCGAGGUCGAGCUCUGCACCGUUCUCGGAGCCCUGGAACAGCUUUAUGUGCCCAUUCAACUGCGUGAAGCAGGAACCUCCAAAGACAACCGCGUGACUACGCUCAGUGUCCAGAUCGACGAUCCGAGGGCGGAGUCCAUUUUCCAGGAAGCUCUCAUUUUGGAGGCUGGUCGUUUUGUGGCCCGUGACAUCGGAGUUGGGGAUCCUGAGCGCAUGACCCCCAUCCAGGUGGAGAAGUACAUCAAGCCGCUGUUCGACAAACUGAAUGUGAAUGUGAUUAGUGACUCAAAGGUCCUGGAGAAGGAGUAUCCUCUGUUUGCGGCUGUGAACCGGGCUGCAGAUGCCGUAGAGCGUCACCGCGGUCGCAUCAUUUUCCUGGAGUACAAGCCCCCGAAGCCGGCGAGGAAGACGCUGAUGCUGGUCGGCAAGGGAGUGACCUAUGACACCGGUGGUGCUGACAUCAAGGCCGGAGGUGUGAUGGCCGGCAUGUCGCGCGACAAGUGCGGAGCAGCUGCUGCAGCUGGAUUCAUGCAGGUGGUCAGCCAACUCCAGCCCGAAGAUGUCCAUGUCGUGGUGGCCCUGUGCAUGGUCCGCAAUUCCGUGGGCGAAGAGUGCUAUGUGGCCGAUGAGAUCAUCACCUCGCGAGCUGGCCUCCAUGUCAGGAUUGGAAACACCGAUGCCGAGGGUCGUAUGUGCAUGACCGAUGCUCUGUGCCGCAUGAAGGAGAUGGUCGUGGAGCAGAAUCUCCCCGAUCCCCAUCUGUUCACCAUUGCCACUUUGACUGGACACGCCUUCAUCUCGGCCGGAGAGGGGCAGUCGAUUGCCAUCGACAACAGCGUGGCCCACCGCGAGGAUCACGCCAGGAGGCUGCAGGCUGCUGGCCAGACCUUCGGCGAACCCUUCGAGAUUUCCAUUCUCCGUCCCAGCGACUUUGCCUUCAAUGCGGGCAAGGUGAUUGGCGAGGAUCUGGUGCAGGCCAAUAAUGCCCCUUCGGUGAGGACUCCUCGUGGACACCAGGUGCCAGCCGCCUUUAUGAUCAUGGCUUCUGGACUGGACAAACAUGGUCUGGACUCCAAGCUGCCAAUCAAGUAUACCCAUAUCGAUAUCGCCGGCAGUGCCGGUGAGCACCCAGCUAUGCCCACAGCUGCCCCUCUGGUUUCCCUUGUGAAGACCCAUCUUCAGAAGUAAAUCCUUUCAAGCGUAUAUAUUUGUCGUGAGGAAGUACUGCCCAAUACCACACACCGUACUUAUACACUAAUAUGAUUAUACCUAUCCAACAAUAUUAUCUUUCUGUCCACUAACUACAUCACUGUUCUUAAUAAAGGCACCAUAAAAUGA